UCAAACAAAUCGUCUAAAAACAUUUCAUCUUCAUCUUCAUCUUCAUCUUCUUCUUCUCCAAAAAAUGGGAUUCGUAAAGUUAUCUCCGAUGAUCCUUCUCUUAGCCAUGAUCGGCGUUUCAUAUGCCAUGGACAUGUCUAUCAUCACAUACGACGAGAAACACCACAUCACCACCACCACCACCGUGACAAGCCGUAGCGACGCGGAGGUUGAGAGAAUCUACGACGCGUGGUUGGUAGAACAUGGGAAGAAGAAGAUGAACCAGAAUAACGUUCUUGGUGCAGAGAAGGAUCAACGGUUCGAGAUCUUUAAAGAUAACCUCCGUUUCAUCGAUGAACAUAACACCAAAAACCUCAGUUAUAAACUCGGUUUAAACCGGUUCGCUGAUUUGACCAACCAAGAGUACCGAUCUAUGUACCUUGGUGCUAAACCGACCAAGAGGGUUUUGAAAACCAGUGAUCGGUAUGAGGCGCGUGUUGGUGACUCCCUUCCUGAUUCCGUUGACUGGAGAAAAGAAGGUGCCGUCGCCGAUGUCAAAGAUCAAGGAAGCUGCGGGAGUUGUUGGGCGUUCUCAACUAUUGGAGCCGUGGAAGGAAUAAACAAGAUUGUGACAGGAGAUUUAAUCUCUUUGUCUGAACAAGAACUGGUUGAUUGUGACACAUCGUAUAACCAAGGUUGUAAUGGAGGUUUGAUGGACUAUGCCUUUGAGUUUAUCAUCAAAAAUGGUGGUAUUGAUACCGAACAGGAUUAUCCAUACAAGGCUUCUGAUGGUCGUUGUGAUCAGAACAGGAAAAAUGCAAAGGUUGUCACAAUUGAUUCUUACGAGGAUGUGCCUGAGAACAGCGAGGCGUCUUUAAAGAAAGCAUUGGCUCACCAGCCUAUUAGUGUCGCCAUUGAAGCUGGUGGUCGUGCUUUCCAGCUCUACUCUUCGGGUGUAUUUGAUGGAAUCUGUGGAACGGAGCUAGACCACGGAGUUGUGGCUGUAGGUUACGGAACUGAGAACGGAAAAGACUACUGGAUUGUGAGAAACUCAUGGGGAAACAGAUGGGGCGAGAGCGGAUACAUAAAGAUGGCACGUAACAUCGCAGAGCCAACUGGAAAGUGUGGUAUCGCGAUGGAGGCUUCGUAUCCAAUCAAGAAAGGUCAGAACCCGCCAAACCCUGGCCCGUCACCACCAUCUCCCAUUAAGCCACCAACCCAAUGUGACAAAUAUUUCUCUUGCCCUGAGAGCAACACUUGUUGUUGUCUCUUCAAGUACGGUAAGUACUGCUUCGGUUGGGGAUGUUGCCCGGAAGAAGCUGCUACUUGCUGCGAUGAUAACUCUACAUGCUGUCCUCAUGACUACCCGGUUUGUGACACUAACCGUGGAGCCUGUUUGAAGAGCAAGAACAGUUCGUUGAGCGUGAAGGCUCUCAAGCGUACACACGCAAUACCGUUCUGGGCAAAGAGCAGAAAGCACAUUGCUUAAGAGAAAGCUUUGAAACAUUGAGGAUUCAUCAAAAGCAUUUUAUGUUGUUGUUCAAAUUUUAAAAAUUGCUGAUUCUGCUGCUGAGGUUUUCUGUACAUAUAAAAUCUCUCCCUAAGUUGCAUUCAGUUUCAUCAUUGUUAAAGUAACAAAACUCAAAACAUAUGGGUUCGGUUAUUGAAUCUCUUUCAACUUUGCUAUUUA